AUGUCCGAGCCAUCAGCUGUCCCCGUCCCCGCUGGUGAGGCUGCCACCCAGUGGGCCUACCGUGCCCAAAAGUCCAUCGGCCUCAACACCGGCUCACCCUCCUACACCUCGGUCAAUGGCUUUGACCAGGUUCAAGGCGCCACUCGUGUCUUCCAAUACAGUCCCGACGGCUCCACCUUUGCCGCUGCGAUGGACGAUUUCACUCGCCUCGUAGACACCCGUGCUGCCUCUAGCUCUUCCGUCAAACGCGAUCUUCCCGUUCCUAAGGUCGUCGACCUCCAGUUCUCGCCUAAAGGCGGUUUCCUCAGCACAUGGGAGCGCCCCUCUAAGCUCGAAGACGGCUCCAAUGCUCGCAACCUCAAGAUCUGGGAUACCGAGACGGGAGAGACGGUUGCUGCAUUCGAACGCAAGUCGCAAGAAGGCUGCUUCUUCCAGUUCACUGCCAACGAGCAGUACUGCGUAAGGCAGGUCUCUACCGAGCUUCAGAUCUACGAGGCUCGUCACAUUGCCGACAAGGGUGUCAUCGGCAGACUCCGUCUCGAGGGCAUCACCAGCUUCGAAGUCGGUCCAGGCGACAAGCCCAGCAUCGCCGUCUUCUGUGGAGAGAAGAAGGGCGCACCUGCUUCAGUCCGUGUCUACUCGCUCGCCUCGCUCAUCCCUUCCCCCGACACAGCGCCCGCGCCGGUCUCGCAAAAGACGUUUUUCAAGGCCGACAAGAUCCAGAUCAAGUGGAACCAGGCUGGUUCUGCGUUGCUGUUCAUGACCUCGACCGACCACGACAAGACGGGCAAGUCGUAUUACGGCGAGACCAACCUGUACCUCAUGUCGGUGCGAGGCGAUUUCGAUUGCCGUGUCGCGCUCGACAAGGAAGGCCCCAUCCACGACUUUGAGUGGAACCCCAACUCAAAGGAGUUCAUCGUCAUCUACGGCUACAUGCCAGCCAAGGCCGUGCUCUUCAGCCAUCGCGUCAACGUCAUCGCCGAGCUCGGCACACAACCACGCAAUUUCGUCGCCUUCAACCCGCAGGGCCGUCUGUUUUGCGUCGCUGGCUUCGGCAACUUGUCUGGCACCGUCGACAUUUGGGAUCGCGAAAACCUGUCCAAGGGCAAAAUAUUCUCCAUGGAUGCCAGCAACAGCUCUGUCUGCCAGUGGUCGCCUGAUGGACACUUCUUGCUCACCGCCACGCUCAGCCCGCGCCUGCGUGUAGAGAACGGCGUCAAGAUCUGGCAUUGCACCGGCGAGCUUGUCCAUGUCGAUAUGAUCGACGAGCUCUACCAGGCUGGCUGGCGCCCUGGUUCCAACGCCGGGCUCGCUGCUUUCCCUGUGCAGAUCCCCACGGCUCCUGCGCCCUCGGCCGCCGCCGCCUCGUACCUGGCGACAAGAGCAGCGACCAAGCGACCGACUGGCACGUACCGUCCCCCUGGCGCGAGAGGCCAGGGCACGCCGGACAUCUACAAGCGCAUCGACGAAGGUGGCUCGGGCGCCUCUACGCCUGACCUGUCUCGCUCCGGAUCGCAGCAGAACGGCACCUACCAAGCACCUGGAUCGGGCAACCGCAAACGCGCAAUCCCCGGCGCGCCCGGUUCCACUCCACGCAACAGCAACGCGAACAACAACCAGAAGGAUGGCAAGAAGAAGGGUGGCAAGCAGCAGCAGCAGCAGCAGAACGGCAAGAACGGUGCUGCCAACGCGGCUGCUCCGGCUGCGGUGGUCGUGGUCGAGGAGCCUGCUGCUCCCGGGGUGUCCGGUGCUGCCGAGGUGGGCGGCAGUGCGGGUGCGGCAAACCUGGAGAAGAAGGUGCGCAACCUUAACAAGAAGUUGAAGGCUAUCGAGGAGCUCAAGCUGCGUCAGGCGGGUGGCGAGAAGCUCGAAGCCAUGCAGUUGGCCAAGAUUGCGGCGGAGGACGAGGUUCGUAGGGAGCUGUCGACGCUCGAAUAG